AUGGAACUGGAAAAACAUCUGCAAUUAAGAAAUAAUCUAUACUUUUCUUCUUUAAAACUGUUUCCUGAUGAUUUAGAGUGGUUAUCUGAGUAUAUUCCGGCAGUAUCUAAAUGGAAAAUAAAGGUCUUGCUUAGAUCGUGUGAUGAUGAGGAUGGUGAACUAGACACCACUACUAGCAUGAAUGCUAACAAAUAUCAUGAGCACAAUUCUAAAAAUUUAGAACUUUGGGAUAAUAUUAGGCUAGCUGAUAAUGAAAUAGCACAGUCUAAUUUGGGAAAUACUGCUAAAUCAGAUUCUACCCCAAACUUAGAAGUAAACUCUUCUGUAUUAGCAGCUCAAGAGCUACAAUUUACCCAUACUGAGGUAGAUAAUGAAGUAUUAAAGAGUAGGUCUAGUAAUUCACUGACAUCUAGUCCAGAAUAUCUUGAUAUAAGAUACCCAAAAAGUUCCAUAUCACGUUUACCAUUUUCAAUCAAAAGUAUAGCUAAUACUCCGUAUUGCGAAACAGAAAUUACAAAACGAUUAACAAAAGCUAUAGAAAUACCAAGGAAGAUAUUUCAUAGAGAUACAGAGGAUUUUAUGACACAUAAAGAGCAAGAAUAUAUAGAACCUUUAGAAAAUCAAAAAGAAAUUGUCUGUGAAGAUAUGAGAAAGUAUCUACAGCUUCCCACGGAUAAAUAUUUGAAACAAACCAAAAAUACAUCAGAUACUGACAGUUCUAGGUCAUCUUUUUAUUAUAAUAGUGGAAAUAUACCUAAAAAACACAAAUUAAGUGGAGGAUCAAAUAAUUCUGCAGAUUCUAUUUCACCUAGAUUAUUUGGAUUUUUAAAUAGGAGUAAAGAAACUACUUUAAACAAACCAGAUGCUUCAAAUUCUCAAAAUAAGGAUGUGAAGUAUAAUGAGAAAACGACUAAAAAGAGGCGAAUUCUGCAUUCUAAAAUAAGUAGUAUAAGGAAUUUCUCACAAUAUGUUAGUAACCCUAGUAAAGAUCUAAUUCAAGAUCAACCAAGUAAAUACAAAAAUUCUGGUAAUUGUCAUACAUUGUGGGAAUAUUUGCCUUUGGUUGCAGUAUUAAAUGCUUGUACUGGUAUAUUUAUUUUAUUACGUUUAUCAUCAGCUAUAUAUCGAUUCUCAAUACUAUCUUGUUCUAUUACUCAUAUUAUAACAUUUACAGUUAUUGGAAUUCCACUUCUACAAAUGGAGUUUGCCUUACGGAAAAAAGGACCAAAAUAUGGAUUACUUCAGGCUUUAAGUUUACUUGACUACAAGUUAGCUGGUAUAUCUUUCUUAAGUUUAACUGCAGUGAUUAUAGUUUUCAUUUACUCAUGUCAGAUUAUCAGUACGCUAAGCAUUAUAUUGUAUAGUGCAACUUCAAAUAACUGGAAGUUAACAGAACAAGACUAUCAUGUCUGUCAAACAAUAAAUAAUAGUACAACAAUAUUUUAUAAUAAAACAGAUAUAAAUAAAGAACAUUUUAUGAAUUUAGAGUCUACGUAUAAUGCUUACAAUUUAUGCUCAAAUACUGCAGUAUGUACCGUGAUAUUACCGUGGUGGUCUGUCGGUACACUUGAAAACCCUUCUAAAGAUUCAGAGGAUUUGAUCCCCAAAGAAAUUAAAGAAUUACUUAUUAGUAAAGGUUUUGAGUAUAAGCCAGCGGAAUAUCUAAGAAAUAAAACAUCUAUGGUUAGAACUACUGAAGCUUCUACUCCUAGUAAUACCCUAAAUUCUCCAAUUUGGUGUAUGGCCUCUAAAUCUAAAAAGCUUAGGAAUACACUUACAAGAAAUCUAAGUAACUAUAGAGAAUUAGAAUACUUACCAGUAGAUGCUGCAAUAAAAGAUCCAAAAAGAUAUAUUGAGCAUAGUCACAUACCAAUGACAGGGCCACCAAAUACUUGGACACACAACUUAACAGUUCAAUCUGUUGGAUUACUAAUUACUUGCACUAUUAUGAUAGUCAUUCAGAAUCACGGAAGUUUUUUCCAUAUACUUUCACUCCUAUCUUUCUUAUCACUCGUUAUUUUUCUACUUACUGCAACAAUUCAAAUUGUUGCAAAUGGUGUUCAACUAAAUAUAUUCUUGUCUUUAAUUGGAUCACAUAGUGGAAUAUCAAAUCUUUUAACACCUGCAGUAUGGUAUUGUGCUAUACAAAAUGCUUUACUGUUCUUUGGUACAUCAUUUCUUAUUACCAUGGUUCCAUUGGAAAGUAGUAAAAAGACUUCUGGCUUGGGGCUCGCCUUCUUUAGAAAAGAUAGGUUCUCCAAAGAAAGAGAUGUCUUGGUUCAUAAUAAGAUUUAUACUAAAAACAAAGUUCGAGAACAAAAAAGUGAUUUAAAUACUAUCAAUAUAAAUAUAGAAAGUGCUAAAGCUUCAGUAGAACUUUGUAGGACACCAAGAAACAAUACUCCAAACCUAGAUGAAGAUAGUCAUCAUUUAACUACUGGUAAUUCUUAUAAUUUUACAUACAAUGAAGAAAUUCCAUUUCCAUCACUUAGAAGCUCAAUUCAUGCUUCAGUACUUUAUUUAAUUUGCGUUUUCUUAUCAUUCUUGGUUAUUUCGGUAUCAAAUUCUGCCUUGAUUGCUUUAUCUUAUAAUCCACCAUCAGAUUCUCAAUUAAUCCCAUUCUUAAUAGCAAAUAUGUCUUGCUCAAGCCCCUCUUGCCAAUCUUCAUUUACUUUUAACGAUGCAAUUAAUAUUGUAUCAAGUAAUAAUAUUCUUCAAACAAUAGAUUAUGAUAAUCAAGAAUGGAACAAAGAUGGCCACAACUAUAAUAGUCCUAUUUUUACGAAUAAUGAAUUUUCUACAGGAUCAAAAACUAUUUCAACGCAGCUAAAAGGUCAUAUUACACUAAGUAAUGUCAAAGAGCUACAAAAAAAUAUUCAGGACUGGUAUUACUGGAAUUUCUUACAAUUAAAAAGUCAAUCAAUGAUUUUAGGAGAAUAUACAAUCAUUUAUCUUAUUAUCUUGGCAGUUGAAAGUUCCCAAAGAAUUCCAGAUGAUACUAUUGUAUUUUUCAUAUUAAUUUUCCUUUCAUAUGCUAUUUGUUGUGCUGCAAUUUGUAUCUCUAUUAUAUUUCAGCAUAUAUCUGUUGGAUUUUAUCAUUUAUACCUUCCUUUAAUUGGUAAAUCCAGUAUUCACAAAUUUUUUAAAAAAGAUACUAUUUCGAAGUAUAAUGGGAAUAAAAGAAUUUAUAACUAUUGUUCAAGAAAUAAAAAGAAGACAUUUAUAUCAGGAUAUAAGCAAACUAUUAUAAAUUUUUUUGAAGUGAUUUAUAAUGAAAUUAAAAAAUUCUUUUAUUUGUCAUUCAUAUGGGCUAAAAGUAAAAUAUUACACUUUUUUGGUAUUAAAUCAAAAAAUAAACAUGCAAGAAAUUUUGAGAAGAAGCAAUUUAUGUUCCAAAUUUUGUUUAUAUUUUUAGCCUUUUUAAUUGCAUUUAUAAUUAAUAUUAUAUCAAUAUUCACACCACGUUGGCCAGUAUUGGAUUCAAGUGAUAGCAAUUCAAAUGUAUAUAAUGGGUUGAGUUCAAUAUACCUUCCAAUAUCAUCUGUUAAUGCUUUUUCAUUAAAUAUUAACAACAAUCUUUACACAGCUCGAAAUAAUCCAGUUAUAUUUGGAUCACUAAUAGAUAUACAACUUCUGAGCAGUGCUACAAAUUGUAUACUAUCUGUAGCAUCUGGUGCUGAACUAAUUGCCAUUACAUGGUAUUAUCACAUAGAUGUCCAAAAAUUUAUAGUUGGCAAAAAAGCAGUUUAUAUUCAUGCAGCUGGAUAUUCCUUAGCUACAUUAGUUAUGUCUUUGGGAUUCUUACUUGGAAGAAUGAUUGUAUUUUGUUCAUCUGUACUAAUAUCAAUACUUGUAUAUACUAUUUUUUUUUUUAUUGCUCGUCAUUACUCUCACAAAGCUUUUAGAAGAAAUGAAAAAUAUGUAAUAAGAAGGUCUAUAUAUAAACCUACAUGGUGGUUAUGUUUUUCAAAUGUUGAUAUACUGAGAAGGCAGUGGAAUUCACAAGAAUUAAUUGAUGCAGGUUUGGCAGCUAUUGUAUUAAAUAAAAAUGACAAAAUCAAUGAGAAGAUAUACAAUAAUGUUAAAAAUGAAGGUGAAAUAGUAUAUUCAAUCAAUAUUAAAAAUACUGAUAAUCAAGACUUAAGUAUUGUAAAACAAAAGGAGUAUUCUAAAAGUCACAAACAAUACAGAGAACAGUUUAUACAAGAAUAUGGUCCCAAGCUGCAAAAAAUUGCAGAUUUCAAUAUUUAUUGCAAUGUUAGAUCCAGACAACCACAAUUUUCUUUCUUUUGGUUUAUUAUAGCUAAGUUUAUUGCAACGAUCUUCAUUAUUAGUACGAUACCUGUGACUUUUACCAACUUUACUUAUAUGCUAAUAAAUAGAUCAGACUGUUUAGAUGGACUAUUAACUGAUUUUCAAGUCUUUAGACAGGUACCAAAUGAUCUCUAUAAAGCUAGAAGCAUAGCUUUUAACGAGUCUAUAUUCUUACCCUUGCAAGUGAUCACAAUAUCUAUUAUAAAGUAUGUUGGAAUAUUACUGUCACUCAUUUUUACUAUAUAUCUUUUUUGUAGUAAUAGAAGACUUAGGUAUGGGAAUCUUGAAUCCCCAAAUGAAAUCUCCUCUAUAGAUGAUAUAUAUCCUUCCUUCUCAGACAAUUACUUGUAUAAUAUAUUGGAUGAUGUAUAUGAAUUAUUGCAAGUCCCAACCUAUGGUGAGUUAUUACCACAACAUAGAAUACAGAAUUAUGGUAGAUUACCUCAAGAACUUAUAUUGUCAGUGAUCCUUCUUCAAAAAAGGUAA